GAGCAAGAAGAAAUUCCGCGAGCCAUUGAUGCAAUAGCGAAAGUAGUGGAAGCAGAGCAAGAGAAAACCACCCCUGGAGAGCGAGAUAAAUUGGCAGCCAUGGAACUUGACUAGAAUCCACCACUAGUGACUCCUAUUUUUGAAGAUGAUUUCCCGAUGUCUGUGCGGUGGCCAAAGAUGAACCCACAAACAAUUCCGCUGGAAUGGUUCAAAAUCAGCCGCCCACCUUAGAAAUCAUGCAUGCAACAGAAGAAGAGAGUACAUUGUUAUCUCAAGGAGACGAGGUCGCGGAGAUUGAAGAGACUAUCAAGGAACUCUACUCUUCUGCCCGUAAGCUAUUUAGUGAAAUGCCCGAGUUGUUUGGACUCAAAGCCACACCAAUUUCUAGAUCACUUACUGUCGGAUUUCAUAAAUUCAAGGGUGUUGGUGGUGAUUUUGGUGAAUUAUGGUAUGGAUAUACGCAACCUCUGGUGAUUAAAGAUUCUGUGGCUAUUGACGAUUAGGAACCCGCGGUAGAAUCCAUGGUGUUUGUCGAGAUUGAGGACAUCCCAGAAAGGUUGGAGGUACAGUUGGCUACUUAUUUAGCUAAAAGGGCGGUGCAGGAAACAUACAAUAUCCUACAAGCUCCAUUUCAAUACUAGUCAGUAGAAAAGGAUGGAUUUGUGAAGGGCAAUCUGGUAUCUAGAGUUGUUUUAAGUCUUGUUACCAAAUCCUGGUAAAAUAGCUAAUCAUGCCUUUGGUUUUUAUUUGUCUGGCUCUGGCUCUAGAAAGUAUGAUGAAAUAGUUCUGAUUCAGUUCCAUCCUCUGUUUGAUGCAUGUAACAUGACUUUGUGCAAGAUGGAUUUCUAUGAUUUGAAUGUUUGUCUGCUAAUGGCUGAAUGUGGUUUGAAUAUAAACAUGGUUAUGGG